AUGAUUACAACAACCAAGAGUAAGUGUAUCUUGAUGGAUCUUGGAAGACGAGAUCAACUCUACUGUAUGAAGGAGACGAGCACCGUACAAAAUAAGCAAGUCAUGGUUUACAUAAAGUUGACAAGAACAAAGGUUUCAAGGCGUUAUAGAAUUCUGCAAAAGAAAACCAAGCUUGCUUCUGUCAAGUCAUCAGAAGCAAAGCUCGCAAAGACCAAGUCAUCUUAUGUCAAAAUAGAAGAAUACGAAUGUAUAUCAAGACAAGAGCUUCGGUUGAAAAAUUACUUUGCUCAUAUUAUGGAAAUGAAAUACUGCAAACAAGGCAUGCUUAUUUUUCAACCAUUGCUUUGA